AUGUCUUCAUCUUCUCUCAAACUCUACGGUUCAAGGCUUUGUCCUUUUGUAGACCGAAUCAAACUCAUCUUGGCCUUCAAGCAGGUACCCUACGAAAACAUUAACGUAAACCUGAAUAUGAAGAGUAAAGAGUUUUUACAAUUGACUCCCCUCGGAAAGGUCCCAGUUCUUGUCCACAAUAACAAAGCUAUUUAUGAGUCAGCUGCUAUUUAUCAAUAUGUCAAUGACGUCUAUUCUAAUCGUGAUCUCAUGCAUCAGGAUCCCUACAUGAGAGCGAUGCAACGAUCUUGGACUUACUAUUGCAACACUCGACUUGCUCCCACCAUUUACAAGUACAUGUUUAACCAAGAUCCAACCAAGGAAGCAGAAUUGAAACAAAAACUCGAAGAGUGUUUACUUUUUUUAGAAAAUGAGGGUUUGAAAAAGAUGCAACAAGCGAAUGGUAAUAAGGGAGACUUCUUUUUGGGCGAUGGUAAUGAACCAAGUAUGCCAGAUAUGAUGUAUCUUCCGUUCUUGGUACGCCUAGACAUUUUGAAAACAUUCAAAGGAUUUGAGAUGGGUCAAGAAUUAUCAAGACUUAAGAAAAUGUAUCAAAUCAACACUCAACAAGAUUAUUUCAAGAACAAUAAGGAGUUACCAACCAUGGAGGAAAUUAUUAAGGGAUACACUCCAUAUGUCAAGGGUGAGCUAAAGAUGAAGGAGGAUUGGAUUCUUUAA